AUAGGGGCUGAUGUCCUCUUUUUGAACCCUAGUCUGAGAAGGCACUUGGUAAAUGGUGAGUAUCAAUCUCCAAAUAGAUUUCCAUUGGGUUUUCAUGUCUCUUAAACUAUGCUAGGGAAAAUUACUGGCCUGACUAUCUGACACCCUUAUUGUGACUCAUUCUUGCUCCCUAUCCUAUGGAUGGAUUGUGAUCGUAAAUUAUUGGGACUUUGCCUCUAAACCUCACUUGUAUUGUGAUAUGGGAAAUUGUUGGGCUAUAGUUUCUUGGUUACAACUAAAUUUCUCAUGUGAAGGUAAAGUAGGUGCAACCAGUGAGAUGACAACUGACAAGAAGACAAUAACGGAUUGCAUGGAAUGCUUAUGCCCAGCGGCAGAUUGCAUGCUCUGUCAGAGAAGUGUUUUCUCUGACCUAAGUAUGGCAACAAACUGAUGGAAUUCUUAUGACCACCAGCAGAUUGCAUGCUAAAGAUGACUUUAAUAUUGCUUUUGGGGGGCUAAUUUGUCUAAGAAAAGUGUUUUAUAUGUCAUUUACUUUAUAUGUAAGAAUGCACUCACAUAAAUGGGGAUGGAGGGAUCUGAACUGGGGCUUUUCAGGACCCCAUUAGUUGCCUGUAUGUUGUUUGUUAUGGACAGUGAAGCUAUCUUACAAGUUAUGAUGGGAAUUCUGCACCUGAACCAUUCUCAUUUCUCAUUUAGAGUUUGGGAAGAAUGUAACUUGGAUCUAUUAAUCUCUUACAGGCAUUUGCUCAGUUGCUGCAAGCUCCUCGUGAUGAUGCAGAUGCAAUAAUUAAGGAAAGAUUUCCUGUACCUCGUCUAGUCAUUUGUGAUCAACAUGGUUCACAGGCCCGUUUUCUUCUGGCAAAAUUAAACCCUUCUGCAACAUAUAACUCCGAUAGUCAUCACCCAGGUGGAGACAUAAUAUUUACUGAUGAUGUCAGCUUUGAGGUGUUCUUGGAUCAUCUCCAAAGAUUAGCAGUUCAAUAACAAUACGAUAAUGGGGUCAGGUAGUUUUGUAAAAUUUUUCAUUUGAAUUUUUUGUAUAGUAAUGCUCAAUGACUAAAGCCAUUCAUUAGUUUGAUUUUUGUAGUUGCUGCUCCAAAACUAGUUAUGCUUUUAUUUUAUUUCAAUAGAAAGAUGAUGGUGGUUAAUUUUUCGGUACAUUGAAGUUUUCAAGAUCUUAGCUAAUACUAGAGUCAUUCAUCUUCACUAAUAAAAUGUGAUUCUUUGG